CCUUACAAAACUUACACAUAACAGUAGAUUUACACUAAUAAAUUAGUGAAAUUUCAUUAUUUACUCAAAAAUUUAAAAAAAUUAGUGAUUAGCAAUUGUUAGUUUGAUUAAUGAUGUGUUAUUCUUUAGCAAUGUAUGUAGGUACUAAAUACUUACUAACUUUUGUUAAUUCUUUUUAAUUUUUUUUAUAGAUUCAUAUGUGAAUUGAAGCACAAGUUUAGCUUGAAGACUACAAAUUUAGCUCAAUUGUGGUGAUUACAUCUCAUGGCGGACGAUCAGGACCGUAUUUAUGUCGAGGAUGUAGAGGAUGAUGAUGAUGAUUUCUCUGAGGAUGAGGAUGGUGAUGAGCUGUAUGAUGUGAACAAGGAGCCUGAUUUGGGUGAGACAGAAGAUCAGGCUCAGGAUGAGUUCGAGCGUAGGUUGGAUGAAUUUGAAAUUUCGGCUGAACUAGCGCCUCCUAUUGAAAAUGCAGUUGCUGAGACGGUUGGUGAGAACGCUACUUCCCACAAUCUAAGCCAAGGAAAAAGUGGAGGAGGUGUGAGGGCACCGGCUAAGAAAAAGGUGAGGGGUCCGACGACAAGUUUCAAGAAACCCGUCGGUCCAAUGGUCCUGGAGUACGACAAGGCGGGCCAACCUGUAGGAAAAUUCCGUCGUCCAUAUGCUAUUCACGUUGGUCUUUGUGCGCGUAAAAUCCCAAUUACACUUCGUAUGCGGGAAGUACCUCCAGGCUUGAUUGACACCUUUUGGAAUGAUACAAGGAGUUUGUUUAAUAUUCCUAAUGAUCCCGCCAAGCGAAGGGUGUUUGAAUCUUUGCUAGCCGAAAGAUUCAGAGGCUUCAAGACCGUAUUAGUCCGUGGUUGGAUCACAAAGACUGUUGUGAACAAACCAAAGAAGAAGAAAGGCAAUGAUGCUGAAGUCAUCAAUGAAGAGCUACUCCCAUGGCAAAAAUGGCCAAACAUAUCGAAGGAUGAUUGGGAAGCUUUUGUUAUUCAACAAAGUACAAAGGAAGCAAUUGUAAGUUUAAGUAAAUUUGAUUACAAUUGUAUAAUAUAUUAA